CCGAAGAAGUCCUGCGGGCGAAGAAGGACCUGCGUUUGCGCAGGACCCGCCGAACGGAAUUUUGCGCCCUGGAGGCUCCGCUAUAUCUCCGCGGUGGAUGGUGAACGCUGGUUCGGAUUGUUCAGUUCAGUACGGUUGUCAUCCGAUCCAACGUAAGCUCGCCGGGCAUCACCGUGUCACCCACAUCACUGUUAUCAGCAACAGGUCGUCGAGUUGAGCGUAAAAGAGCAGUCUCGCCAUGGACAUCGAGACGUUUCGCGCUUGCGGCAAGCAGAUGAUAGAAUACAUCUGUGAGUUUGUGAGCACCAUUCAUACCAGAAGGGUCACGCCAGACAUCGACCCCGGCUAUCUCAGGCCUCUGCUGCCGUCAGAUCCGCCGAAUGAUCCGGAGUCGUGGGAUGAGAUCAUGAAGGACGUGGAAUCGAAGAUCAUGCCGGGGAUCACGCAUUGGCAGCACCCAAGGUUCCACGCCUACUUCCCGGCGGGAAAUUCCUUUCCCUCUAUUCUCGGUGACAUGCUGUCCAACGCGAUCGGCUGCAUUGGAUUUUCUUGGGCGGCCAGUCCAGCCUGCACGGAGCUUGAGACGAUAGUCUGCGAUUGGUUCGGCAAGGCAAUCGGACUGCCGACGGACUUCCUGUACUUCAGCGAAGGCAGCAACGGCGGCGGCGUUAUACAGGGCUCGGCGUCGGAAUGCGUCCUUGUGUGCAUGCUGGCUGCUCGGGCGCAAGCAAUUGCUAGGCUCAAGGCAUCCCCCGCGUACGCACACUUGGACGAAACCGUACUGCUCGGCAAGCUGAUGGCGUAUUGCAGCCGGGAGAGUCAUAGUUGCGUCGAGAAGGACGCGAUGAUAUGUUUUGUGACGCUGCGCAUCCUCGAGCCCGACGAGAAGAGCGUGCUUCGCGGCGAGACCUUGCAGCAGGCGAUCGAGAAGGACAUAGCCCAGGGCUACGUUCCUUUCUUCGUCUCGACGACACUCGGCACGACCGCCUGCUGUUCGUUCGAUAACCUCAAGGAGAUCGGGCCGGUUUGCAAGAAAUACUCAGGGAUCUGGCUUCACGUGGAUGCCGCUUAUGCAGGGAACGCUUUCAUUUGCCCGGAAUUGAAAUACCUGAUGGCCGGCAUUGAAUAUGCCGAUUCCUUCAAUACCAAUACAAACAAGUUCCUGUUGACGAAUUUUGACUGUUCUUGUCUCUGGGUGCGAGAUAGAUUCAAGCUGACCAGCGCUCUCGUGGUGGACCCGUUGUACCUCAAGCAUACCCACGCGGACACGACUAUAGAUUAUCGUCACUGGAGCAUACCGUUGAGCAGACGAUUCCGCUCACUCAAGCUGUGGUUCGUGAUACGAUCUCACGGAAUAUCCGGCUUGCAGGCCUACAUCCGAAACCACGUGCGACUCGCCAAAAGAUUCGAGGCUCUUGUUAGAAAGGACUCCAGGUUCGAAGUCUGUAACGAAGUGGUGCUGGGUCUUGUAUGCUUUCGCGCCAAAGGCACCGACAAGCUGAAUCAGAAAUUGCUAAGCGCCAUUAACGAUUCCGGGAAAUUGCACAUGGUCCCGGCGCAAGUCAAUCAACGCUAUACGAUACGUUUUGCGCUUGCUGCGCCUAACGCCUGCGGCGAGGAUAUCGAUGUUGCAUGGAGCAUUAUAACGGAUUACCUAGCCGAAAUAUUGGAAUCUAAGGAUGUGAUGGAUGAAUUGGCAGACAUCCGCGAGAAGAAGAGAAAAGCCACUCUGGAGCAACGAAGGUCAUUCUUCGUGCGUAUGGUGUCUGAUCCUGCUAUCCAGCCAGGCUUCACAAAGACUCCGAACAGAGCAGGAUCUAAGCUCGACACGCAAACGACGAUCGGCGGUGUCGGGUCAAAUACGCAGACCGGAACACGAUCCUGGAUAUCCUGGCCACUUGAAUACCUGAUGCAGGCGAAGGAAGCUGCUGAUAGAAGCGAAGUGUCGCUUAGGUUUCGCCACUUGGACACCAUGGUGCGCCUGAAGGCUGGUGGUACAGGAAGUCGUCGCGGCAGCAGUAACGGAUGCAGCCCGGAUCCGUCCCCGUCUGCUUCGCCUUCGCGUGGCAGAUCACCCAACGGCAGGGCGUAAUCGUGUUGCCCACACAACGAUCCUUCUUUAUUCGCGCGAUCUUUCCGACGAGUUCUCCAGACGUGUUGAUCGCGACGGACGACUUUUCGUGCUCUCCGAGACAGCCGGGCGUCUUCCGAGGAAACAGAUAGAGGAGAAACUUAGUCUAACUACACUUCACACCGGGAACCGAUAACUGCCGACGACCUCGAUAUCAGACCCAUUUUAGACGAUUGGUACGGGCCAGGAUCAAAAAACCUAAUUCUAUACCCUUUCUCUUUCGAGUUCGUAUUUUCCAAAAUUGAAUAUUCCGAAAAAUCACGAAAAAAAUCAACACGCAUUCCUCGACAGUGGGGAUUAUUAUACGUUAAGUCUCAUAGUCUUGCAACGUAUAGUUUAUGUUUCUGAAGAGUGCGGAUUUAAAGCAGCUUUCUGCAUGGCUCCUCAACGUGAUGCUUAAUCUUUAAAAAAUGUAGAUUUGGUGAAUAGAGUCUAGAAAUAAAGGAAGUCUCUUCAAUUUGGGACAGAAUUCUAUCUACAAUUCUAUGUCAGGUUGUAGGUACAAUUAUGAAGGAAGAGUGUCACGAACUCUUUGGAGAGACAAUGUUCACAAUUCGGGAGAAAUUUGAUCUCGAAAUCUUCAUUAUUAAGACAUUUUGUCGUUUCAUCAUUAAAUGUUAAAAUACUUAUAUCCAAAGUGAUAAAGAUAAGAUGAUUGAUGUUGAAAUUAUUACUGUUAAAUGAUUGAAAUAAAUUUAUCAUUGCUUAACAAUAUCUCGAAUAUUACGCAGGAUACCAAAUCAUACAUAGAAUUUUGUCCCAGGAAUAUUCCAUCUGGUAGAUUUACAGAUUGUCUAAAAUGGGUUUAACGGAUAACAAAUUCCGCACAAAAUUGCUCAGCGAAGAAUACGAUCGCGCCGUGCUUUCUUUCACUCGAUAAGAAAUUAAAUACACUUUAGCCGCGAGACCAACAUGUGUUAUUUCUUUCAAAGUUCCUGAAACCAUCGCGAGACGUAAAGAAAUCCUUUGACAGAUUCAUAAUGUCUUUUUUUACAUGCCUUUUAUAGCAUUUCUUAAAACAUUUACGCUACCUGGGCAACAUGUUCUUCGAUUCUGGCAAAAUUUACCGACAUGCGAGAAAAGGAGAAUCUCAAAAUGGAAUAUAACGUAGAUACGUGUAAUAAAUGUGGACGGAAAAGUAUACUGAAAUAUACACUAUAACGCAUCCAAAAAAAGACUACUGGAAGAAAUUAGUUACAAGUUGGAAGAGUUUAGGAAAGAUACAAUUUACAUUCUUAUUUAAUAUAUACCGUUUCCCGAGCUGAUUUCACGCAAUUUUCCAUUCUGACUGUGUGACGUGUUACUAUAUUUACUGUUAUAAUAUACAGGGUCUACCAGAAUAAUUAUGUCACAGUUUAUGGAAGUAUAGAACGCAUUAAAGUGAACAAACAAGCCUCAUACCGCGAUGUUCGCAAUAAUUACCAAGUUAAUUAUAGAAAUCAAAUGGAUGAGCGCGCGCCGAGAUAGUAGAAGGAGUCCUUUACGCCGUUCUCGAGCUGUAGUGCGGCUCAAGUAAUCGUUCAAGUAAUUGUCGCGCGGCGAAUGGAAGGAUAACGCUGCAUGCGCGUUUAUUAUUUCGCCGUUCUUACAUUACAUCGCACCGUGCUUAAACUCAUAUCGAUAUGGCCGCUAAAUAUUCACGAUUAGACACAGUUCAAUUUUCGCUGUCUCAUAGAAUGACCGUGUAAUUGUAAUUGCGAAUGUUUAGCAGUCAUAUCGAUGCGAGAUUAAGUAAGUAGUGACGCGUUGUCCUUCCACUCGUCGUUC